AUGGGAUGGAAAGAGUGCGACGAGUUCUUACUAUGGAAGUGGAAAAAAUGUGGUGAAAUGAGGAGAGGUCAGUGUUCACGACAUCUUGCUGCGGUCCAAAUAAGCAUAGACAUUUUCACAAACACCUUAACUUCACCUUUCUAUAUUUCCUCCCCCAUCCCCAUAAAUCGAUCAUCUUCUCAUCUCCUUCCGGAUUGCAACUUCUCGUACGUCAUUCAUUCUGGUUUUUAUAAUCUGGUGUGA